AGGCGUAUUUAACAAAGUGCAGGAACACAGUGUGCUUCAAACUGUAGAUUGCCAGUGGUGGGAUUAUCAUGGAGCUCAGACGAGCCUGCCUUGUUCUGUGCCUCUUUUGCUUUGCCCAAGUCACCUAUCAGCAGAAAAAACAAAGGCAAGCUAAUAAAGCAGAUGUAGUCACCAUGAAAAUGUAUGAAGAUCUAAAGAAGGCUUUACAAGAUCUUCAGCAAGAUGUAACUCACCUAAAGGAACAACAGGCAUUGCAGACAAUUUGCCUGAAAGGUGGCAAGGCUCUAAACAAAUGUUUACUGCACUUUCCCGAAGCAAAGACUUACCAUGAAGCCAGUGACAUCUGCAUUUCUCAGGGAGGGACCCUGAGUGCUCCAGAGAACGGAGAUGAAAAUGAUGCUUUAUAUGAAUAUGUUCACAAGACCUUAGGCUCGAGUUCAGAGGUUUGGAUAGGCAUCAAUGAUAUGGCUAAUGAAGGAACCUGGGUUGACAUGACUGGUAACCGCAUCUCCUUUAAACAUUGGGAAACUGAAAUAACCACCCAGCCUGAUGGCGGGAAGCAGGAGAACUGCGCAUCUCUUUCUGCUGUUGCCGUUGGCAAGUGGUUUGAUAAAAAAUGCAGAGACACCCUGCCUUUUGUGUGUCAGUUCAUGAUUGUUUAGCUGCUCACCAUGCCAUGAAAUAAGCUAACCACGCUUAAGAGCUCAUGUAACAAAAUCACACUGCAUAUAUCACCUGAAAAAGUACAUGCUAAGGCUACUUUUACACUAGCGUUUUGGCUUUCCGUUUGUGAGAUCCGUCAUGGGCUCUCAGAACAGUCCAAAACGGAUCAGUUUUUUCCCUAAUGCAUU